GUUGUUUCCUGUUUUGGAAAGUAUGCCACAUCUGUCACGGGGAGCUUGCUUGACAGCUCUUGUGCACGCAUGGUGCACGCCUUCACAUGUCGAUAGUUUAUAAGUUGUUGAUCAAUCAGCGCUGCUGAUCUCCGUUUUAUUUCUCUUCUCCUCUCCUCUAUUCUGCUUUUACAAUGCUGGUUGAUUCAUAUUUUUGCUUUAUGUUUCUGGGUAUACAAAAACAUUGUAUUUUCUCAUAUUUUGUAACUGCCGAAUUACUUGCUGUGGUGUGCUGCUACUGCGCUAGUUAUGGGUUUAGAACAAAAACACUUUAAAACUGAUGCUGUUUUUAUGAGCAAACGAGUAAAGGCAUGCCGAGCUAUACAAAUUGUUAUUAGAAAGUAUGAUAUCUAGCGCUUGUGGAUCAUGUUAUGUUUUAUUGUGUUGGUACUCGCCUUUCUCUUUGUGCUGAAUAGUGUUAAUCCUCUCUUGGAUUUUGCAUAUUGUCCUUUCCAUGGAUUUUAAACCCCUUUACGCGAAGCUGAAGCGUGGUUUAGGUAGUUUCAUGUUGUUGGGGUUGGCUUCCUGGCUCGGCAACAAGAAACUGCCUUGAUUACGUCAGUUCGUCUUCAUCAAGGGCACAAUUUCCGCUGAAUUACCCCUCACCCAUGUCCCCGCAAAUAGCAUUGUAAAUGAACUGAGCUGCAAUACCUUGGACAGAGACGCUUUCUUUCUUUGCUGUUAUUUUGUGGCGGGCUGUAAACCCUUCCGAGGCUCUCAGAAGGAGAAUAGGUUGUAAACAACAUGGGGUAAAGUUUUAGACUGCGUUGUAUUGCAUCUGUCAUCACUGGCUGUCUGCUGUGGUUUAGUGGUUUCAGCUGCUUUAUGAUGAUCUGAAUAGAGAGAUGGGUUGAUACCAGUAGAUAGAUGCCACAUAUUUGACUCUUUCAAUUAUCUGACAAAUUAAUUAGACUCCACAACAGGAAAUGGAUGCGUAUUGACAUUUCCAUCAUUGUAUGUGUUUGAGCAUGUCUUGUUCCUGUUAAUGCUACUCUGCUGCUUUAAAUGUUUUAUUCCAAAAUGUCGUGCAAUUAAAUGUUUCACUUUGUUGCAGUGUGAGGUGGUGUACAAUUAAAAAAUAUUUGAUACUUUAUUAUUUUAAAAUAAUUUUUACUUUGAACGUAUUUUUUUCUCACAAAUGUCAACACACAUAACAACACUUACACUCGCAACAAUCGUCCCAUUAGAAGUCACAUUUUGAUAAUUGAGGCCUAUUGGAUUUCUCUUCAGGAAAAUUCCUGCAAACAUUAUUUUUGCACAUCAAGCAGUUUAAGUCGACGUGUCAUGCUUUAGGUGUCCUUUACCUUGUUUAAUGUUUGCAUUUAAACUUUCUCUUUUUAUAUUGCUUUUGCACGAACCUUUAUCGGGCUGAUGCUGCGUUUAUUUUGUAUUUAGUUAAAUAUAUUAUAUUACCCUGAUUCUUAUCAAUAAAGAAACAACAGUUUUAAGAUUUUGGCGGAGUGUAUAGAUAAUAAUACUUCUAUCUUCUUUUGAUUAGAAUAGCAUCACUGAUAUUGUAGUCCAAUAGCACUAACUUAAUUGAUUAACGGAAAAUAACAUAUAUAUUGUUAUCGAUAGCACGUCAGUGAGCCACCAACCAAUACAAGUAUAGGCCUAACUUUAUUUAAGCCUCGCCUCAUAUUUCCAUUUGAUUAUUAAGAUAAUUGAUGUAGGCCUACUAACCAGGAGUGGAUUAAUAUCGGCCAUUAUGUGAAAUAAAAGUCCUCAGAAAGUGAUGAGUUUAUUUUUAAAAGGAAGAAAACGUAAAAGGUCUGUUUGUGUGUCGCAGUCAGCAUUUUUCCUAAGGCAGUCCAGUGUUUAUCCUGGUCACAAUUUCCCCUUGUUUUCUCAGCCCCCCUCCCCGUAGUGCAACUGGAAGAGACAGUCUGGAAUCCAAAGUCACUUUCAUUCAGCUCAGUGAAUGAGGGUCUCCCUUGGAAUGCAUCACUGACAAAGACUUUACAGCGCUGGAAACAGCCCCGAGAGCUGCGCAGAUUCACCCUAAAACCAUAUACACAUAAAGCCAUUUAUUUCACUUUGUAGUGGCGCACAGGAACUAAAGGCUUUAGUCAGCCACUUCCUCCGGACAGCUGAAGAUGUGUUACUGUCACUGAUCAGACAUGAGCCAAAUAUUCUAACCGCUUUACUUUUUUUUCUCUAUUUUGACAUUAUUAUUAUUAACUUUAUUUUAGGAUAUAUGAGGAAGUUAUUGUUAGUUGAAACUGGCGAUCAGUUGUGCAGCAGAAACAAUACUUAGCCAUUUUUUAAAAUUCUAAAUCAAUGGAUUAUUAUCACUUGCCGGUUUGACUUACUUCGCCUCUUUAAUUAAGAAAAACUUUAGGACCAAAAUGCAAAAUGUGCGGCAGUCAUCACCAUGAGGAUAUCUUCAGGCCUAUUGAUCAGCAUUAUUUCUCAGCACAUGUGUUGAAGAGGGAGGGGUUUGCUUUUUAGGACAAUCUCAAUAAAUAAACUAGGAGCAGUGUUAUGAUGAAACUGUUAAAUGCAGCGGUUAUCGAGGACAUUGAUGCUUCAGUUUGGAUUACAAGGUUCUGCUGAGCACAUGGGUCUUUAUAAAUAACUUUUCAUAUCGACUUUGAAUUUUUUAUAUGUAGAGUUUCAGCGCGUAUAAUAUGAUCCAAAUGCUGCACACAUUUGUAUUUAUUUAUUUGGUUAAAUUGCACCGUGAGCUUGUUUUAAGAGACUAUUUGUUUCUUGUGUGCUUUAAUGGGAAAAUGCUGUGACUAUUUCUCGGAGGAAAUUACACUUAAUAUCUUCAUUAUUGACAGUAGCUAAAUAAUACGCCUCCGCCCUGCAUGUCGUCAAGCUAGCAAAUAUGACCGCACGUGUCUGAAGUCAUGUUGCAACGAACUAAGAGCUUACAUUCUUUGUUUGUUGUUCAUGUAACCAGCAAUCACACAAACGUGUUGUGAGGACGGAGGUGAAAACAAACAAUGCUCAGACUCCCAUGGCAAUGAAGAUAGAUACCUUAACAGGUGUGUUGGUCUUUAACAGCAUGUCGAGCUGUUUCUUUAUCUGUUUUAUGAUUAUAAUAGUAGGCCUACAAAGAGAAAUCUGAAGCAUGUGAUAAUGUCACAUUUGAACAUGCAUAUGCUACUGGGCUGGUCUGAGGAAUGGGACUUGUUGUUUAAUCUAUUUUCAGAUUAAUCAUCUCAAUUGAAGCUACAAUUUUCAAUAAUUAUAUUUGUUUGCAUGUUCACCCUAUAAACCGAUGUAGGUGAAAUAAGCAAUUAAACCGAAAUUAUAUUUAAUAUGUAGAUCUAACGGCAUAUGUCCUAAAACACUACUUUUUGCCAAUACAUCCAAAUUCAAACACCACUGCACUACGGCGGCGCUCAUGCAAAAAGACUUAGUCUUACUUUAAAUGUUUUUGCCCGUUAGCGUCGACCAUAUGUAUAUAGGCAAAAAGCUUUAUAACUUAAUUUAAGUUUAAACAGAAAAAACAUUGUCAACCUCAGUAAAGCUGUGAUCAUGCGAUAAGUAGCCUAUACUAAUAUAUUUUACGUUAUAUUGCACAAGAAGAGUUGUCUAUAUUAAAAUGUGUGUAUGUGUGUAUAUCAAGAGAAAAACCGAAUGGUAUAGCUGAGUAAUAUGAGAGCCAGUUUCAAGCAUUGUUAUUGGCAUCAAUUGAUUAGUUGGUUAUAAGCUUAUGAAUGAAUUUGCAUUUGAUCAAAUCCAGCUCAUCCCUGAUCCCGUACAUUAAAACCAGAAGCCAUACGUGAAUAUGAAAACACAAAGUGCUACAUAUACUUUUUGAGAUUAAAAAAGCCUAUAGGCACAUUUGUGAUUUGGUAAUGUAUGUUAGAAAUGGACUUGCAUUGACUAUACGAUCAAACACCUCAUCUAAAUGCAAAUCAUCCCAACUUUGUAUGGUUUGUCUUAUUCUAAACGAGCACUGUUGCUUUAUUUCUCAAUUUACAUGAUUUAUUUUCAUACAUAACUGAUACUGGAUUAUAAAUGUUUAAAACAAAAUUGUCUGAACAGUGCUUUUGUUUGCCAAAUAAGGCUGGUGUGUCGGGGAAAUGUUAAAGAAGAAGUUAGAUACUUAGAUAUUAAAUACACAAAUGUAGCGAUGCAAAAAAGAUUUUACUGCCGAAGAAAUGUUGCAAGUUCACUUGUAUUUACGGAGAACAACAGUAAAAGGCAGACCUAUCAGAGAUAAGAACCAACAACAAAGGAAUAUUUAAUUAUGCAUUUUUUUAUUGUAGCACAACACAUAUCACAUAUGGAUAAAAGAGUUGUAAGACAUUGUAAGAAACAAACAUUCUCACUUGUUAUAUAUCUCUCUCUCUCUCACACACACACACACACACACACACACACACACACACACACACACACACACACACACACACACACACACACACACACACACACACACCAGAGUCACACAAAGGAUUAUUAAAUGGAUUACUUUGGACAUAGAUACGAGCUAUAUAACGUUUUUAUAUGACCAUAUGUUAUAGUAAUAAAUGGCCACCAUGCACAUUUGUGUUCUUUUUUUAUGGCAGCUGCAGAAUAAAUGGACUCUUGAAAAAUCGAUUGUAAGAUUUGCUUAUACUGAACGGCUGUUUUUCUUUGAACAUUUGGGGAAAUGUUGGACUAGCCGCAGACUUGCGCAUUCAUCAACGCUCACCAGGACGCCGUUUGGUGUUAACCGGGUUAAGGUCUGGCGUCUGGCCUUUUACAUUUCAUGGUUGAAUCUGAACUCAGCAGCCAUGACAAACAUCGCACAUCCUAACGCGUAUACUGAUACCAUUAAGCAUAAUGGAUUCGAAAUAUUAAGUAUUAUGAUAAUUUCCAUGUGUAAGUAUGAAUUUGAACUGAAGUUCAAUUUAGUCUGCAAUAAAUUGUAAUGUCAUGUGACCCUUGUAGCUUGGCGAUGACAAAGGGGAGAUUUGUUUUCAAAUCCUGACUUUACAGUUUUUAUUUUCCUACAAAGCAAGUAAUUAUCACUCGUAAAUUAGGGUUUAUUUUUGAAAUUAGGUCCCUGACUUAACUGUCAUUUCUUAUUUAUGGAACUCAGUGCACUCAGUUUCAGUUAAUGUGAACGUAGCGAAUUGUAGUUUGUUAGGCAGCUACUGAUUUCACUUUUGGAGGUCUACACAUUCAUAUUUAGCUCCAUAUUUAGCUAAAUUUAAAGUUUACAAUCAUUAAAUUCCGUUUUUGUACUACUACUAAUCCAAAAACACAUCUAAUGGCAAUUAAUGGUACUCUAAUGGCAAUUACGCACAUCUAUAGGCUACAUCACAAAAACAAAUGGCCUAAAACACACAUAAACCAGAUAAGAUCCGCAAGAACGUCAGCAUCACAGUUUCUUAAAAUGUGCAAAUUCACCAAAGUCACCACGUCACAAAAAUAUGAUUUGUGCAUCUUUUUGUAUUUAUAAUGCAUCAACUAUUUUGUUUUGGACCUCAUCCUUAAUUCAAAUGUGCAUUAAACCACAAUUAGUCUGAUUUGUAUUACCUGUGACAUUAGUAUAAAUUAUAUUGGUCUUUUGUUGCCUUGCCGCUGCAACCCAAUGUUACAUGUUGCAAUGUUGGAUGUUUCACAGACUGACUGACAAGCUACACUGUAUCGCAGGGAAAAACAGUAAAUUCCUGCCAUUAGAUACAAUAGUAACAUUAUCCCUGUUAUGAAAACAUUCAUAGUUAGCCCUUUAACGAACCUUUUUACCUCCUCUGCUCUCUGCAGUCUUCUGUUUCCUGUCUUCGGCCUCUGUUUCAUAAGAAUCGUUUCACAUGCAUAACGUGGUGGUGGUUUUAUGUUAAGCGAGGAACUCGGAUGCAACCUUAACGACACGUUUAUGAACAAUCAAAUGGUCCUCGUUAAAAUUUAUUGAUAGGCAUAAAAACAUGGACGGUCACUCGCCGAAUAUAACCCGCUGUAGUGGGCUGCUUGUCAGGAAUCCAAAUCCCCUCCUCUCCUAUCUCCGCAGAUCCCAUUUAGAACAUGGUUGGUCUGUUGCGUCCUCGUUAAAACGGAGCAAACUUAAUUGUUGGUUUAUCCUGCAUCCCGUAUUAUGAUUACCACUCCCGUCUGUCGAGUCUAUAUGUAGCUACUGUGAAGCCUUCUCUCUCUAUUAAGAAGUACACAGCAUUCCACCGGAAGUUAUAAACCCUUCACUGUAUAAAAUGUGCUGCUUUGAUAAAGAUAAAAGGCGCAAACGAUUCAAUAAACACUUUAAUGUUGUAAUACUAUCCAUUGGAAUAACACGGGGCUACGGAUUUCACCAGACAGAGAUUGAUUACACCAUCAAAUAGUGCCUUGCUCGGGUUUAGACGUAAUGUGCGCAGGUCUGUGCUGCGACUAGAUAAAGGUCCACUAUUAGCUCUACAGAGGUACAUUUCCUUAUAAAGAAGCAUGGUUGUUAAAGUUACCUCUAAUACGUCCGAGAGAGAGCAAAAGAGCACAUUCUUUAAUCCGAUUUAUGUGCAUUGGAUCCGAGGAUAAGUGGCGCAUUGAUCCACUGUACAAUUUUUGUGGGGGUAAAUAUAAUCACGUGUCGGUGAGGCAGCCAAUCGCAGCCAGACAAGCGUUGAGAAAUAAUUACCUGCCUUGAUUGUUCUAUGGCUAGAUAAAAAAAGUACACAUACACUCCAUAUAAUAAUCGGAUGCAUGUAAAAGAGUCGGGGAAGCUUCGACAUGUCGACCACGGGUCCCAUAAGUAAUUAUUAUGUGGACUCCUUGAUCAACCAUGAAAACGAGGAUGUCCUUGCUGCAGCUCGGUUUUCGGCUCCCGGUUCUCACCCAGCCGGCUCUCGCACGACGUCCCUAGUAGCGGAGUGUGCCGACUAUCCUUCCUGCAGCUUCGCACCCAAGCCUCCCGUCUUCUCCACCUCAUGGACCCCUGUACACUCCCAGUCCUCAGUGGUUUACCAUCCAUACAGUCACCAGCCUCACUUAAGCACAGACUCGAGGUAUAUGCGGUCAUGGCUGGAGCCGAUAUCAGGCGCCCUGCCUUUCCAUGCCUAUCCGGGGAACAGCAGGCACUUUGGGCUGAAGCCCGACGCCUUUCAGGAGCACAGAGCCGCGGAGUGUCUCGGCUCCAGUGGACGUACCUACACGGAUUAUCUGUACUGCUCAUCCACUGACAUGCGAGACAAGGCGCUGCAGAGUAUCCCUUCUCCCGAGUCGGAGCUCAUGGCUUCAGGGAAACAUAAAGAAGAGAAGCCGGAGCUAGAUCCGAAUAACCCUGUGGCAAAUUGGAUACACGCACGCUCCACGAGGAAGAAGCGAUCCUACACAAAGUACCAGACUCUCGAACUGGAAAAGGAGUUUUUGUUCAAUAUGUACCUUACUAGAGACCGCCGUUUUGAGGUCGCUAGGGUCCUGAAUCUGACCGAAAGGCAGGUCAAAAUCUGGUUUCAGAACCGGCGAAUGAAGAUGAAGAAAAUGAACAAAGAAAGGAACGACAGAAAAGAACAAUAAUGUGGACUGCAGUCACAACACAACAAUAAUAACCACUAGUCACAUGGACAGCACAGAUUUACCAAAUCAACCUUCCCAAUCUCUUCAUAUUUAUAGUUGGAUUGUUUUAUUAACCUUAAUCUUCGAAACUGUUUGAUGCUGAUUAUGUUAUUUUCCAGUUUACAUUUACAUGUCCACCGUAUAAGAAAAAAGAAAAGAAAAACUUCUGAAGAGAUAAUUACAUUUUGCUUUCACUUCGAAAUACCUUUGUGUUUUUUGUAAGAGAAAUUAGUGCAGUUUAGACACGUUACAACUGUCUGAAGAAAGAGAAUACUUGAAUUCUUUUGAAUUUCACAAAUCCAUAAUUUAUGAUGUAAAUGUUUUCUCUCUUGUUUAUUUCCUUUGUACUUUGUUGUGCAAGUGUAGUAUUUUGUACAGACACAGAGCAUCUGCGACCGGACUUGUUUGUCUUGUAUUUUGUGAUAGUUGUUGUAUUUGUGCAUCUCUUUUUUUAUUGUAGCUAACGAGUUUAACUAUAGAGUGUAGAUACAGACCUCUGCAAAUAUAAACUUAAUCACUAAA